GAAAGCGCUGAUUAAGGCGAAUAAUAUUCGCAUUAUAACCACAUGUUGGCAACCAAAAUAUUUCAGUCAGUCAAUUAGUGCGAUAGCAUUUAGACGUGGGCAUUUGCAGAAAUCGAACAUACCCUAUUAUCGACGAACGAUCGAUAAGGGCUGCGCAUUAUGUCGGCUGCUAACGGUAUAGGCGAGGACGAAAAGUCCUAUUACAAAAAUAAUAUCAUAAUUGCUGAUUCUUUGGCGGAAAAUGAAAAGGAUACUAAGACAAUAAUGCAAAUCUCCAAUGGCGCAUCGCAAGAAAAUUCAAAGCAAACGAAGAAAAAAAAGGAAUCCAAAAAGGGCGAUGCUGAUAAAGACGAUGACAAAAAGGAUGAUGUGGAACCAGUUGCAUUUUUCAAAAUGUUUCGCUAUUCAACAACCAAGGAUAAGCUUUUGUAUGCCUUGGGAUUUCUCUGUGCCAUAGCAACUGGUUUGACAACCCCUGCCAAUAGCUUGAUUUUUGGUAAUUUAGCAAAUUCAAUGAUCGGUUUUGCCAGUCCUACAAAUAUAACGAGCAGUGCGGCUAACGACGCGCUUUUAGAGGCUGUGGAAACAUUUGCUUUUCAAAAUAGUAUGAUCGGCAUAAUUAUGCUUGUUUGUAGCUACAUAUCGGUAACAACAUUUAAUUACGCCGCUAAUGCACAAAUAUUACGGAUACGUGGAAAAUUCCUUAGGUCCGUAUUACACCAGGACAUGGCGUGGUACGACUUUAAUCAGAGUGGUGAAGUCGCUAGCAGAAUGAACGAAGAUUUGUCCAAAAUGGAGGAUGGUAUCGCUGAGAAAGAUGUGAUGUUUGUGCAUUUUAUUGUGGCUUUUAUUGGCUCUUUGGCCUUAGCUUUUUAUAAAGGCUGGGAAUUGUCUUUAGUCUGCCUUAGCAGUCUGCCGGUUACAUUCAUAGCGCUUAGCUUAGUUGCUGUGGCCACUUCGAAAUUGUCAAAACUAGAAUUGAAUGUUUAUGCCGCGGCUGGUAAUAUUGCGGAGGAAGCAUUGAGCGGCGUGCGUACGGUCAAAACUUUCGAGGGUGAAUAUAAGGAGGUGGCAGCUUAUAAAUCACAAAUUGUGGACGCGCGGAAAAUCAAUAUCAAACGUAAUUUCUUUUCCGGCAUGGGUUUCGGUUUACUCUGGUUUUUCAUUUAUGGCUCAUAUGCUUUGGCUUUCUGGUAUGGUGUCGGGUUGGUUUUAAAGAAUUACGACAACAUUCCAGGUUAUAGCAAUUAUGAUCCUGGCAAUAUGAUAACGAUAUUUUUCUCUGUCAUGAUGGGUUCCAUGAAUAUUGGCUUGGCCUCGCCGUAUAUUGAAGCAUUUGGCAUUGCCAAAGGUGCAUGCGCUAAAGUAUUUAAACUUAUCGAACAAGUACCGACAAUAAAUCCAAUCGAACCCAAGGGUCAGAAUUUAAAUAAACCUUUGGUACAUAUCGAGCUGCGUGACGUUGGCUUCAGAUAUCCAUCACGUGAUGAAGUGCAAAUUUUAAAUAAAUUAAAUUUAACAAUCAAACGUGGUCAAACGAUAGCCUUGGUCGGCUCAUCGGGUUGUGGCAAAUCAACGAUUAUACAGCUGGUGCAACGUUUCUACGAUCCACAAGAAGGUUCUGUCUAUUUCAAUGAUGUCGACCUGAAAGAUAUAAAUAUAACCUGGCUUCGCGAGCGCAUUGGUGUUGUCGGGCAGGAGCCUAUACUAUUUGGCACAACUAUCUAUGAGAACAUACGCUAUGGCCGUGAAGAUGCUACAAGAGAGAUGAUCAUUGCAGCUGCCACAGCGGCGAAUGCGCAUACUUUUAUAAAUAAAUUGCCAAAAGGACUUGAUACUCUCGUUGGUGAACGUGGCGCACAGUUGUCGGGUGGUCAAAAGCAAAGAAUUGCAAUUGCACGUGCUCUGGUGAGAGAUCCUGAAAUACUGUUACUGGACGAAGCAACCUCUGCGUUGGAUACCGCCAGCGAAGCCAAAGUACAAGCCGCUCUUGAAAAGGCGAGCAAAGGACGUACCACAAUCAUUGUGGCUCAUCGUCUAUCGACAAUACGACGUGCUGAUCGCAUUAUAGUAAUUAAUAAAGGUGAGGUCGUUGAAAGUGGUACUCAUGCCGAAUUAAUGGAGCUCAAGUCACACUAUUAUAAUUUGGUUACAACACAAUUGGGUGAUGAACCGGCCGAAGUAGAAAAUAACGGUAAAAUUAACAAUUUCUUCGAUACAAAAGAUGAAGAUGAAGAAAUGGUUGACUAUAAAAAUGAAGAGGCAGCUUUAGUUGAAGAAAAUCUUGACGACUCGUCGCUUUGGCCGAUAUUGAAAAUGAAUAAACCCGAAUGGCCGCAACUAUUGGGUGGUCUACUGUCGUCGGUUGUAAUGGGCUUUGCUAUGCCCAUUUUCGCUAUUCUUUUUGGUGAAAUUCUACAAGUAUUGGCCGUUAGAAAUAAUAAUCAAUAUGUGCGGGAUAACACGAAUAAAUACAGUUUAUAUUUUUUGGUAACUGGCAUUAUUGUAGGUCUAGCAACAUUUUUACAGAUUUAUCUAUUCGGUAUUGCUGGCGAAAGAUUAACCGAACGUCUUAGGGGUUUGAUGUUUGGGACAAUACUAAAGCAAGAAGUAGCUUGGUUCGAUGACAAAGCCAAUAGUACCGGCAGCCUUUGUUCGCGGCUUUCGGGCGAUGCUGCCGCCGUUCAAGGUGCAACCGGUCAACGAAUCGGCACCAUUGUUCAAUCAGUGGCCACUAUCGUCUUAGGUGUCGGUUUAUCGAUGUACUAUGAAUGGAGCUUAGGCUUGUUGGCGUUAGCAUUCACGCCAUUUAUUUUGGUGGCAGCGGUUUUGCAGCGCAAGGUCAUGGCUCAGGAAAAUAUGGGCACUGGCAAAGCAAUGGAGAAUUGUACAAAGCUUGCCGUUGAGGUCGUUUCGAACAUACGCACUGUUGCAUCUUUGGGCCGGGAAGAGAUGUUUUACCAACAAUAUAUGGAUUUGCUAAAUCCCGCAAUGGCUAAAGCUAAGAAGAAUACACAUUUCCGUGGCUUAGUGUACGGUUUGGCCAGAUCACUUAUGUUCUUCGCGUAUGCAGCUUGCAUGUAUUAUGGCGGCUGGUGUGUCGUAAAUAAGGGCAUGGAAUUCGGCAAUGUUUUCAAGGUCUCACAAGCUUUGAUUAUGGGCACAGCCUCAAUCGCGAAUGCGCUAGCUUUUGCACCCAAUUUACAAAAAGGUGUUACGGCAGCAAAGAAAAUAUUUUUACUAUUAAAUCGCGUGCCGAAAAUCCAAGAUAAACCAGGUGUAUCGCUUGUGCCAUGGACGGCGGAAGGUGAGGUGGACUUUACGGAAGUCAAAUUUAGUUAUCCAACACGUGCCGAAAUACCAGUACUUAGAGGUAUAAUAAUGAAAAUGAGGAAAGGUCAAAAAAUCGCAUUGGUCGGCUCAUCUGGCUGUGGCAAGUCUACAUGUAUACAGCUACUACAACGCUUCUACGAUGUGGAUGCCGGUUCGAUAGCCAUCGAUAAUGUUGACUUGCGCAAUCUUGCACUCACGAAUUUGCGCCGUCAAUUGGGUAUUGUCUCACAAGAACCAAUAUUAUUCGACAGAUCCAUUAGAGAGAAUAUUGCGUAUGGCGAUAAUAAACGAGAAGUUACCGAACAGGAAAUAUUUGCGGCAGCCAAGAAAGCCAAUAUACACAAUUUUAUCUCAUCAUUGCCAUUGGGCUAUGAAACCCGUAUGGGUGAGAAAGGUACACAAUUGUCGGGUGGACAAAAACAACGUGUCGCCAUUGCUCGUGCUAUGGUCAGAAAUCCGAAGAUAUUGCUACUAGACGAAGCUACCUCGGCGCUUGAUGCUGAGAGUGAAAAGAUUGUACAAGAGGCUUUGGACGCGGUCAGUGAAGGACGUACAACCAUUAGUAUAGCUCAUCGAUUAUCGACCAUUGUUGAUUCGGAUGUGAUAUUUGUACUUGACAACGGUCAAGUUGCGGAAAGUGGUUCACACAAGGAGCUCUUGCAAUUACGUGGCAUCUAUCAUACGUUGUGGAGAUUGCAAACGGGUGGUUAAGGCUGACGAAGAGACUGCACUGUUUAUAUGUAAAUAAAGUUUAAAUCUGUGGCUGUAUACUUACAUAUAUAUAAUUAUGCGCUAAUAGUGGUAUUAGCAUUUAAAAAGUUGUCAUAUUUUAUUUAUUGUAAGUUAUUUAUAAACUUUAAGCUAGGUAGAGCAAAUUUUGCAUACAUUUGUAUGUAUGUAUGUAUGUAAAUAUAAAAAAUAAUAAAAACAAGUAAGUGAAGGCUAAGUUCGAGUGUAA